CUAAAUCUGUUCCUUAUGUGGAAGAUGAAAUGGAAGUACCUUUAACUCCUCCGUACAAGCAACAAAGAUCAUGGGUUAAUUUUCUGUGCACGGGACUUCAGGAAGAACUUAUUUCUCUUUCUGGUAACAGUACUUUGACUGCCGAGCCCUCUAGGGAAUACUUAGAAUGUUUGGUGUGGCGAUCAGAGAAGUGUCGGGAUAAUAUGAAUUCUCUUUUGCUUGUCGAGCAUCAGACUGUUAAAAUGGAAUGUCAGCGACCUUCGCUUACAGAUCUGAAGGAACUGCUGCGACCUGAGGUAGAAGCACCAAUGCUUACCUCAUUAGAGGAGGGCUGGUGGCUUCAUUUGGGAUUAAAUCUGGUCUCCAUGGAAACUUUGGAGCAAUUAAAUACAGAUGCCAGCAAUGCAAACAGUUUGCUUUCUACAGAGGUAGAAACAUUCACACCAUUUACACCCUAUCAGUUAGAAAGAUGGCUUGAAGAGAAGACUUCUGUGACAAACCAGGAGCUACUUUCUGCUGAAGGACGUCAAUCGAAUACAGUAGUUAAUCCUUAUGUGUCACUACAAACUCAAGGGCAGAACUUUGCCCUGCAUAGGAAUGCUGCGUCAUCUGCCAAAAUUCACAGUCCAAAUGCAUCUGUGGAUGAGCUUACUGGAGGAAGCAUCAAAAAGAAUAAGGUAGAAGGUGCAAUUUAUUUCUUAAACCAAGAAAAGAAAACGCCCAAAUUAGCUGAAUCACUCAGCUGUAAAGAUAUGUCUUCUAAACAAGAAAACUCAGCCAGUAGCCAGAAGUCUGCAUCAUUGGCACUUGCUGCAAAAUGGGACAAUGAUGAUUCUGAUCUGAGCAGCUUUAUCAUGCUGAGAUCUAAUCACACACUCCCACAAGGAGAUGAAACAAAUGGUGUAGACAGUGCUGAAAAAGUGCUACAGCCUGAAGAACAGCAUAUGCCUGCUCGUGAAGAGGAAAGUUCUGCUUGUGAGACUGUGAGAAUAGAGGGAAAAAAACAAGAGAAUGAGGACAGUGUCACAGUUGAUAUUCAAGCAUCAGAAAGCCAGUGCCAGGCACACUGCCUCCUGGAAGAAGCAGCCACUCCUGUUCUAAAAGAUUUGAUGCAUCUGGGUGUACUUGCUUCUGUACAUUGGAGCUUUGACAGGGUUAAACACGACCACACAAGGUUUUUCUUAAAACAGCAAGAGAAAGCGAUAUGCAGUCAUUUUAAAGAAGGUAAAAUGGAUGAGAAGGAGAUCAGGCUGUUCAGACAUGCUGCUUUGGUGCACCUGCUAGUGACAGUUCGAGAUCUUCUAUUAACGUGUGGCUUGGACACAGCACUAGGUUAUUUGUCCAAGGCAAAGGAUAUCUAUAAAAACAUCUUCGAAUCCUGUUUGAAUAACAUCUGGAGGCAGUUGAAGAUUGUUCAGUACAGCAGCCAGAAAAAGCAUGAAACAAAUCCCAAAAUAGCAGCGCUUCAGUGUCAAAUGUUAAAUUGGAUGCAAAGUUAUGGAGAGGAACACAGUGUUAAGAUACUAAUCAUUACAAGAAUGGACUCUGAGAGAGAAAAGGCUGACCUCAUUCAUGCUUUGUCUAGAGUAAAAGGUUUAAAAACGAUAGAUUUUAAUUAUGAGAAAAAAGGACCCUUUUUAGGCUGUAAAGAUAUCAUAAGAAGCCUUAAUAGAUAUUCCUGUGUUAUUGUACAUAAUCUGCAAAUUGGACCUGACUUCCCUUGGACACAGUUCUCAUUAGUAAUGGAAUAUGACUAUUCUGAAAAUUCUUGCUGGAAAAAUCUGUGCAAAAAUCUGAAUGUUACUUACAUGACUUUUAAAACCACCAUCCCUGGAACAAUACAAGUAGGGAAUUACAGUGAUUCCUUUCUUCUGGAGGUACAGAUUCCAUAUGUAUUUCUGACAACUGAAGGUCUUCUUAAUAUGCCAGAUAUUCUUCAGCUUUUGGAAUCCAAGUACAGCAUUACCUUUGUUGAAAGAAGCAGUAGUUACUCCUUAAGGCUCUUUGGAAGUACAGAUCGAUACGUUGUGUUGACAAUAGAUGAAUGUACUGCUGUCUUUCUGCAGAGUAUGGAAGAACUAAAUUAUAAAAAAUCCUGUGAUAAUGUACUAUCGAAGCUGAUUGCACUAUCACUCCAAUACACAUGCUGUUGGAUUGUUUUCUAUUCCAGAGAAAGACGGAGUUUAAAGUACAGUCUGAGGGGAGAUAUUCUGCUUAACCUUGUCAUAAUUUAUGCCACUCUAAUUGAACUUACACAGAAGUCAGAAGACUUUAAAGUGAAG